AUGGCGAUUCCCAAAGAUAACGAGCCGGUGCUCAAGCUCCCUCACCCCUACCUUACACCCUACUUCCUCGUUAAAUCCUCGAAGCAAUCCGAGAACUCAACACCACUUCUGCAAGUCCAGCCCAAGUCCUCCGGCAAUGGAAAGCCACUGCCGGAGCCCCUUCACAGCGCCUCGCUCUUCUUCACCGAGCCCAUAGAUCUGAAGUCGAGCGAGCGCCCUCCCGAGUCCAACAACACGCCCUGGGGCCGCGCCCGCCGCGCUCCCUCCUCGAGCUUCACUUGGGAAGAGGGCACUCCGACCCCUACGCUAGGUCAGGCAUGGCUCCUCGUCUACGUCCUCUUGACCAUCCGCCCGCAAAUGGAGGUGUUCCGCCUGACCCUCUCGGGUCCGGGCAAGGAGUCCCUCGCGCGCCAAUUGAAAUCCGUGCUUCUAGCCAUCGACCACCCCAUAGCCUCUGGCCUGACUGAUGAGUUGGUCAUCCUCCGCAGCACCUUCUGGCAAGGUGCGGGGUCACCCUUCGGGCCCCGCUCCGCCUGGAUCCCCGAGGAUUCGGCCUCGGAGCUGCCCAAGCCCCUGUCCGCGUACCCGCUCGCGCCGUACGAUAAUAACCUCACCAGCGAGCCGGCGUCAAGCAUCCUGGCCUUCCACCCGCGCCGUCCGUCUAAGCCGAGGCCGGGAGCCAUGAUUUACAGUCGGUAUAUCCCGCACUUGGGCGAGAACUUCAGCAUGGUGGCGCUGGACUUCCAGAAUGAGGAGCACUUGGGCUUGUUCCACACGUGGCAGAACGACCCGCGCGUGUCACAGGGCUGGAAUGAGACGGGGACCCUUGAGCAACACCGCGAGUACCUCCGCAAGAUGGACGCGGAUCCGCAUCAAUUCGCUGUGCUAGCUAAGUUUGAGGAUACCUUCUUUGCGUAUUUUGAGGUGUACUGGGCAAAGGAGGACCGAUUGGGUGCGUACUACAGCGCUGGCGACUUCGACCGCGGGCGUCACUCUCUGGUUGGCGACAUCCGCUUCCGUGGCCCGCACCGCGUGUCGGCUUGGUGGUCGAGUCUUAUGCACUACCUGUACCUGGACGACCCGCGGACUAUGUACGUGGUAGGUGAGCCCAAGUUCACCAAUAGCUCCGUGCUAGCGUACGACUUCAUCCACGGCUUCGGAAUUGACAAGUUCGUCGACCUGCCGCACAAGCGAUCUGGUUUCAUGAGGUGUUCGAGAGAGCGCUUCUUCCAGCUUUCGCCCCUGGCUGAGAACGAGAAGGUGGUUGGUGGCACCUUGGUGGGGUUGCUGCCGAAAUUGUAG